AUGAAAAGGAAUCGGGUGGUGAGGUCGAAAGGAUGCGUGCAUUAACCCAAGUGACAAGGCUUGUUCGCUGAUCUUCGGACAUUGCGGAGAACCGUGAUCGUCGAGCGGCGAACAACGACGCUAUGGCGUCCAUCAGACGUGUGCAUGAAAGGAUAUAAAAUUAUGGGUAAAUAAUGUAAGUGGUACACAGUAUAACAUAAAUAUUAGUGUUACACAGAAGAGUGGCAAGACAUUCCAUGAUUUCAUAUAAAAUUUUACUAAAACAUAUUGUGACUUAAUGAACUGUACACAUCAUGUCUAAUAGUUUGGACAGUUUUUUAACACGUAUUGGGGAUGUCACUAUAGAACGUGUGACUCCUCGUUCAGGCUCUAAGCCUAACGAAUCAUUAAGUUCAAACGAAACUUCAACAAAUACAAACAUGAAUAAUAUAGAACCUCAAACAGGAAACGAUGAAAGUUCAGAGGAAUCUAGUGGUGAAUCAACUGAUGGAGAACGUGAAAAGAAAAAUGAAACAUUACAGUCAGAGGAAAUAGAAGAAAUACGUUCUGAAGGAUCAGGAGACGAUAUGGAUUUAGAUGAAACAAUUGAUUCCCAAAUUGGUGUACGAAUGGAAUCAGAACGACAUCACUCUCAACCAGAAGAGGAUGACGAAGAACCGGUUAAUAUAUUGGAUACUUUACCAUUGGAAGGAGCUCCAAUAGAGGGUCAAGAAGUAUCUGAAGCUGAUUUACUAGGAAAAUCAAUUUCAAAAGACACAGAUGAUGAAGAAAGCUUAGAUCAUGAAAGUGACAAACAUGAAGGUCAUUCCAUGGAGGAUGAAAGUUCCGAAAGUAAUAAGAGACAUGCUGAUUCAGAGCUUUCUGAUACAGCCAAAAAGAAACAAAGAAAAGACGAUGGAACCGAGGGGAGUGCAUCAGAAUGUGAAACGAAAGCGGAAAAGAAAUUAGCAAAUAUGAGAAGAAACAUUCGGGAGGUAAUGGAUGAGAACCAGCUUGAUGAAGCUACUUUAUCCGCUCAGCGACAAGAGAUGGAGCGACUCCGAAGGGUACAAGAGCAACAAAGAAUUAUUCGCGAAGUUCAACGACAAAUAGCAAUAAAUAGACAAAAUAAUAAAACGCAAACAAGAGUAAUCAGUCUCCUACAAGGAAAACAAAAUCAAGCAGGAACUACUAUUUCACAAUCAUCUUCAUCAUCAUUUUCACCUACACCGGUUCGUUUGCCUAAUACGGUGCUUCUUAAAGUAAAUUCUGGAUCUGGGGCUGGGUCUCAGACUACUUCUAGUAUGCAACCAAAUCAAAUGCAAAGAAGAUCGAUAGAUGGAUCUCGUUGGCAAAAGGGCAGGGGUGUCUAUCAAGGAGCGCAGACAUCAAUUUCUCGAGUUCCGAGUCGUCCAAUUGGACCCAAUAUGUUACAACAAAGAAUUCGAAUGAUGACACCUUCUGUGAGUAUAUCACCUGUUGUUCCUAAAAAGGAACCUAUGGAUAGAUCUGAAUAUUACUCAGAUUCUGAACUCUCGGAUCUGGAAGCCGAAGAAGCAUUGCGCGAGAAACAGAUGCAUAUUACUAAAAAAAUAUCAGCUGGAUUAAAAUCUCAGAAAAUGGCUAAGGGCAAAGAUGUAGUAACAAUAUCUAGUUCUAGCGAAAGUUCAGAUGACGACUGUAUAGUUUUAAGCGAUCCAAGUGGUGAGGAAGAAACCGACAACGAAGAUGAUCCAUCCAAUUCUGGCAUGCACACCAAUGAUAGAUAUAACAUUCCAGAUGAACAUGGUAGAGUGUUGAUUAAUGUGGGUCAUCCAGAAACUGAGCCUGAUGUGUUUUUAGCACCACAAGUAGCUCGUAUCAUUAAACCUCAUCAAAUUGGUGGUAUUCGUUUUCUUUAUGACAAUAUUGUUGAAAGCAUUGAAAGGUACAAAACUAGUUCCGGUUUUGGGUGUAUUCUCGCUCACAGUAUGGGUUUAGGAAAAACUCUGCAAGUUGCUAGUUUUUGUGAUAUCUUUUUCCGAUGUACUACAGCUAAAACAGUUCUUUGUAUCAUGCCCAUUAAUACAUUACAAAAUUGGUUAGCGGAAUUUAAUAUGUGGUUACCAUUUGAAGAUCCUAAUGCUCCAGAAAAACACAAUAAAGGCUUAAAUGUCAAAUCGGAACCUGGAGUAGAACUCAAACAAGAGAUUAAAGAUGACUGCGGAAAUCAAAGCGACAUGUCAAAUCUGUCGAGGCCUAUUAGUACAGAAUCAGCUCAUCGUUUUGGACAAGAAAACGCAUCUCAGCCUAUGAAUAUUAUGUCAGAAAAUCCUUAUACUCAUCAAGGAUACGAAACUCAUAAUAUGAUACCUGGUUAUGUACAGGAUAAUAUGUUAAACAAAAAUAUGUCAGAUCCACAAGUACACACAAAUGAAAAUUAUCAGAGUGAUAUUUCCCAAAAUACAAUGUAUAAUACAAAUCCUAAUCCAAUAUCUAAUUUUGAUUCAAUGAAACCGGAAGUGAACUGUCAUGGCAUGCAACAAAGACCAAAUAUCCCUGACACAAAAUUUGGAGUGGAAAGUCAAAACUCUGGUAAUAUGUAUCCCGGUUUAGAAAAUCGGCCGCAAGCUUCCAUGUAUCCAAACAUAGAACCACGAAAUCCUGGUACUUUGUAUCCUGGGACUGAAAAUCAUCAUACUGGAUCAAUCUACCCAAAUUAUGAUAAUUCUAAUAAUACUUUUCCUAAUUACACAAAUCGACCACCUCAGGAAUCAGAUCAAGAAUCAAGAAAAGAAUGUUUUAAGAAUGCUUUAUCUUCCAUGAAUACUGAAAUCAAUGUAAAAAAAGAACCAGAAGAAUCAAUUAAGAAGGAAGAAAGUACUUGCACAACGAAAGAGGACGUAGCAAAUGAUGAGAAAAAGGAUAUCGAGAAAGUUCAAACACCAUUCAGUGUAGAUGCUCCCAUUGGUAUGGAUUUAAGACCAAGACAUUUUCGAUUGCACAUUUUAAACGAUUCUCAUAAAACCAUGACAGCAAGAGCUAAAGUAAUUCAAGAUUGGCAAGUAGGAGGUGGCGUUUUAUUAAUUGGGUAUGAAUUAUAUAGGCAAUUAUCUUUAAAAAAGCCGAAUAAAGCAAAAAGAAAACGUGGACAACCUUUCAAGGACACAGUCGAUGUUGAAGAGGAAGAUAAGAACAAAGGAUUAUUAAAUGAGAUGCAUACAGCUCUAGUUAAUCCAGGACCUGAUUUAGUUAUAUGUGAUGAAGGACAUCGGAUAAAAAAUUCUCAUGCUAGUAUUAGUAUGGCUUUGAAACAAAUGCGCACAAAACGUAGAAUCGUAUUGACUGGAUAUCCAUUGCAAAAUAAUCUCCUGGAAUACUGGUGCAUGGUUGACUUUGUCAGACCUAAUUACCUUGGAACCAAAAGUGAGUUUUGUAAUAUGUUUGAAAGACCAAUUCAAAAUGGACAGUGUAUUGACUCAACACCUCAAGACAUACGGUUGAUGAGGUAUCGCGCGCAUGUACUGCAUGCUUUAUUAGAAGGUUUUGUACAAAGAAGAUCACAUUCAGUAUUGCAAGUUUCUUUGCCACGUAAAGAAGAAUAUAUUCUUCUGGUUAGGAUGACACCGCAUCAACGUAAAUUAUACGACACGUUCAUGAACCAAGUUGUUAAAACACGCGCAGUUCCCAAUCCAUUGAAAGCUUUUGCUGUAUGCUGCAAAAUUUGGAACCAUCCGGACAUUUUAUAUCAUUUUCUCCGCAAGCGUCAAGCUAACGAAGAAGAUGAUUUAGAUUUAGAAGAAACAAUUGGCGAAAAGCCGACUACUGCUGGAGGGAAACGUUCAAAAGCUCGACAGCCGAAAGGAGAGUCUAAAAAGGGCAAGAAAACAAACACAACUAUAAAAAAUAAACCUGCAGCUAGCGUGCAACCUAAUGCAUCAUCAUCAUCUAAUAUUGAUAACAUAGAAUCUGAUAACUCACAUACGACUCCAAAACAAAGCAAUUAUUCCAAUUAUUCUAUGCCAAUGAAUAAUUCAGGAUAUUCAAAUUCUAUGCCGCAAAAUUCUUAUCCUCAAGGUUAUCAAAAUUACAGGUCAAAUGAACAAAAUACAUAUUACAGGAAUGAUAAUAAUCAAGGAGAAUAUAAUGAAUUUUACAAUAAUCAAGGACCACAAAGGUAUGGAAAUCAACCCUUUCAAACAUACACACAAACUCCAGGAUAUAAUACUUCUCAAAGCUAUCCUAAUCAGUCACAAAAUUAUAAUAUACCAAACAAUGAACAACCUGCAAACAAUCAUUCACAAAGGUAUCCAACCGGUCCAUCAAGUACAGAAUUUCGUUCAGACCAAAGUCAAGGAAAUAAUUACGAAGUACAAGGAAUGUUUGCGCGUCAGUCUUAUCCUUAUCAAGAUCCCGGACGUAAUUAUGGAUCAAACUUAAAUCAAGGUUCUAAUAAUUAUCCUCAAGUUUCAAAUCAAACGUCUUUUCAAUCGCAAAUGCCAAAUCAAUCUACGAACAUACCAAUACCAGAUUAUUCUCCUUACACACCUAAUCAGACUCAGAACUAUAAUCCGGCACCAGGUCAGGCCACUUCGAUGUAUUCACGAAAUGAAAAUCAACCAAUACAAAACUCUACAUUGGGAUAUGCUGCUAAUCAGCAAAGUCAAAAUUCAACCUCACAAACUCCAACUGCUGGAUAUCUUCCAAAUCAACAAGGUCAGGGUACUGCACCCGGUCAGAAUCGCGGCUUUUCGCCUAAUCAACAAAAUCAAAGUCUUAAUAUACAAAGUUCUUCCCAUACUUAUACUGGCACAUCAUCGCAGAAUAUGCCGCUAUCUAACCAGUCUCACAAUUAUCCUACUCAAGUAAACGCAAAUCCUUCGUCACAAACAUCUAUUUCCUUUAAUCAACAGUCACCAAAUCCAAUGUCGCAAAGCCAAUCUCAUUCGUACAUGACAAAUCCACAGAAUCAAGCUUCGGUUCCACAAAGUCAAAUGCGUGGAUAUUCUGGAACAACUCAAAAUCAAAUAAACGUGCCACAAAAUUCAUCCUCGUAUCCUACAGGCCAAUCAGCUACAAAUGCUCCUACUCAAGCACAUGGAUAUCCUCAAGAUCAACAGGGGCCAGUCCCAAAUGCACAGAAUGCUAUGCAUGGAUAUUCACACCUUGUAUCUUCAUCAACAUCACAGAAUCAGUCUUCGUAUCCGCCUAGUGCACAAAACCAAACAGGAACUACUUCGGGUUCGAAUCAUGCAUAUGGUUCUAAUCAUCAAGGCCCACCAGCAAUGCCACAGACUCCUACUCAUAGAUAUGGUAACUCUCAACAGGGACAAGUACAACAACCGCAGAGUCAGUCUCUUACAUAUCCACAAAAUCAGCAAGCAUCAGGCUCGUCGUUGAAUCAAAACGAUCAACUUUAUCCCAGACCAGAUAGUCAACAACAAUCUCAGAAUUAUACACCAACGUCUAAUACACCUCACGAAUUUUCAACCGAUCGUCAAGGUGGAAGCUCAUCUGGUAAUUCGACAAAUAACUAUCCAGUAAACCAAGCACAAACACAGAAUAUAAAUUACUCGUCGGAUGGUACGCAUCAAAAUCAAGUAGGUCAAAUGAAGGGACCAGAAGAUCCGUAUUGGCAAAGAAAUUAUUCUCAAUCGUUUCGAUCUGAUCAAUGUAACGAUCCAUAUUAUCGCGAUGUAAACCCUAAUGUGAAUCGAUAUCAAAAUAAUUACUUUCCAUCGCAAAAUUAUCAGAAUCAGUCUUACGACUAUAGCAACAAUCAUAAUUCAGAUGUAAAUUCACGUUCAGAUGAAUCAAAACCUCAGCAGUCUAUUUCCCAUAUCCAAAAUUCAGGACCUUGUGACAAAAGUAAUAAAGAAAUGACGGCGAGUGUCGGUGUACAGAGUCAGCCAAUACAUCAAAGUAAUGUUUCUACAAGCUCAAACUACAGUUCCGAAUCGAGUUGUCAAACACCAGUAUCUAGAUCUGUGCAAAGUCUUAGUUCAUCGCAUAGCCCUCGACUGAAUCAAAGUGAUUUAGUAAAAGAAGACGAACGAGAAAAAGAAGAUUUAUUAGAUAAAGAUAAAGAAGAUAAGUCGGACGAUGAAAUUCUCACGAAAGAUGAAGAAAAAGAUUGUAAAAGUUUUUCAGGGGGGAAAGAAGAUCCUGGAAUUCCGUAUGACUGGGCAACAGAAUUAAUGAAGGGAUAUGUACCAGGAUUAAUUGACGCUUCUGCAAAAAUGACAAUUUUCUUUUGUAUUUUGGAAGAAGCAAUUACGCUUGGUGAUCGUGUUUUAGCAUUUUCUCAAUCACUGUUUACGUUGAAUCUCAUUGAAGAUUUUUUAGCUAGAAAUAGUCUGAAACAUCCAGAUGGACAAACAGAUGCUUGGAUUAAAAAUGUAAAUUAUUAUAGAUUAGACGGAAGUACUAGCGCUUUAGAAAGAGAGAAACUUAUUAAUGAAUUUAAUAGUAAUUCGAAAAUUCAUCUUUUUCUCGUUUCUACGCGUGCUGGUUCAUUAGGCAUUAAUCUCGUUGGCGCGAAUCGUGCUAUUGUAUUUGACGCUUCUUGGAAUCCCUGCCAUGACACGCAGGCUGUCUGUAGAGUUUAUAGAUACGGUCAACAAAAGCCUUGCUUCGUUUACCGUUUAGUUACCGACAAUUGUUUGGAAAGAAAGAUAUAUGACAGGCAAAUUAGUAAACAAGGAAUGGCUGAUCGUGUUGUUGAUCAGUGUAAUCCAGAUGCUCAUCUUUCAUUGAAAGAAGCAACUACAUUGUCUUGGGAUUGGGAAGAGGAUAGCCAAGUACAAGAUUUUUCACAAACUAAGGACAGUUACACCGAUGAAGUCAUGCAUCGUGUGUUAGAACGAUAUUCUUCAUUGCUUACGAAGCAGCCAUUCCACCACGAAAGUCUUCUCGUCGAUCGUAAAGAUAAAAAACUCAGUCAAGCAGAAAAGCGAUUAGCUCGACGUGGAUACGAACUUGAGAAAAUGGCUGCCAAUUGUUCAAGACCUAGCUAUAAUUAUGUACCCGGAAAUACUGCAACAAGGGCAGGUGGAUUACAAAUUAGAGCAAUUCGUGGUGGUGAUAGUGGUACUACAUCAAAACCAGUGGCUUCGGUUAGACCAAUGCAACAACGUGGUGCCGAAGGUUUAGGCUCGCGUGGUGUAACUGGAAGUCGGUGGAUACCAGCGGAAGUAUGGCAGAGACAAGGGAUGAGUGCACAAGAAAUGACAUUACCUUUAGAUGUUGUUAUACCUACCAAUUCUCCUGAUAAAGGAAGUAUCGUACUAAAAGCUGGCCAACGCGUGAUGGUACUAAAGAGUCCAAAAGGCAUUUAUAUGCAAUUAGAAUCUGGAAAAAUUAUAGCAAUUCGAACGGCUUUGAAGUUAAAUCAACAAAAACGAGAGGAAGAGCCGAAGAAAGGUCUGACCUCAAUGGCGCAAAGAAAUACCAAACCAGAAGUCGGAUUUCCAUUGAGAAAUAAUUCGGCGAUUUCUAUAAUACCGAAAUCAUCCUCGAGUAACCAAAUAACUGGCCGUUCAAUGAAUAAACCAGGAACCGGUCCUAAUUAUAGACCAUUUGCCGACAAAGAAAUUUCAAAAAGACCAAAACCAGUUGCUACUGCGACUGCCAAACCUUAUUUAAGUCAAGUUAAUUUAACAAAUCAAGUUUCUCUUUCAAGGUUACCAAAAGUAAAGCAAGAACCAGUUGAUCAUUCAACUCUCGGAGACAAUUCGAACUCUUCGGAUGGUCAAGUUAGAACGGAACAAAGGGUCGAAGAAGUCAGAUUAGAGGAUGUGGUUGCGGAAGUAAGUUCAAACACCGAUUAUAGUCCUCCUAACCAUAAUCGGGUAUCUAAUUCGGAUACCGAUACGUCCCUGCAAAAGUCAUCUGAAGAAAGUAGUCAAGCAUAUACUUCAGAUACUGUAACUGCACAAGGUGUUCAAACGCAACAUGAUCAAACAGAAACGGAAUUAACAUCGAACAUUAAUAAACAGUGUUCCCCUUCAAUUGAGAAACAAGUUACGAAAACAAACGAUACGCUAACAAAUUAUGGACAUCCUUUCCAAACUCAACAAGAGAAGAGAGAUGCAUCUAACGAGGAAAUUAUAAUUGAAGAUACACCACAAGCACCGUCUCAAAUACAGCUGCAAGUGCCAUCUCAGAUACCACCGCAAGUACCGUCGCAAGUAUCACCUCAAAUACCGUCCCAAGUACAACCGCAGGUGGCAACCCAGGUACUUCCACAAAUACCACCUCAAUUGUCAUCGCAAAUUGGAACACAGUCAACACCAUCAACACCGUUACCAUCAUUGUUAGCACAACAGCCUACGCCAUCGACUAUGCAAGUGCCACCGUCACCUACGUUACGAGGUACAGAAGGUUCUAAAGGUGUAACAGAUUCGACAAUUGGCUCUUCUGCACCAUCUAUGUGUACUGGAACCAAUCCCAUGACUUCGCCAAAAGCGGCGGAACCAAAUAUGCGCGAAACAUCUGUGCAGGGUGAACCUAAUAUUCCACAAGGUUACCCAUAUGCCCAAUACCCUCGGUAUUACGAUUAUAGUGAUCCACGAUCGCGAUCGUUAUCUACUCCGUAUGGUACAUAUUUCCCUGGUGUUCCACCUCACGCGACAAAUCCAAGAUUACCAAUAGAUACUGCAAAGACGCAACCAGACUUAGGAAAACCUAUGGAAGAAAGAGCAAUGAUGAAUGUGCCACCUGCAUAUUCACAAGUAUCCAGUACUACUGCCAAAACGUCAGCUAAUGCAACGGAAAAUAAAAGUGCAGAAGCGGUGGUAACUACAACGGUUACUGCUACUACCCCUACUAGGGAUGAUACACACAUACCUACUGCGUUUAGUCAUCCUACGAGCAGUCGUUAUCCUGGACCUUAUCCACCAGGACCGUACGAUCCAUAUUCACAGCAUUAUCCUCCAGCACCAGGUUCUUCAGCGGCUUAUCCACCGAGUGGUGCGCCUGGAUAUCCAGCAUACGGCGGGCCAACCUAUAAUACGGAGUACGCUCGCAUGUAUACGGCAUUCCAUGGUCCACCUCCACCAGCAGAUCACUACAUACACAGAGGUUACGCACCUCCUUCUUCGCAUCCGCCUAAUUACUAUCCUCCAUUUCCACAUCCUCCACCACCUUACCCGAAUUAUUCGUUUUUAUCGCCAUAUCCAAAUCCUAAUAUGCCUAGUGAGCCGCAGCCACCUGCUCAGUAGGAAAAUUCAGUGGUACUUCGAAACACGAUUAGUUUAAUAAUAAUUUCGAAAAAUGUCGCAUAUUGCGAAAGUUUGAAGGCUGUCGCGGUUCAGAAGCUUAAUAGACUGAAGCUGUAAAACGCAUUGAUGUAAAUAUUUAGUCACAAGUAUUGUAUUAAGGUAAUCAAUUUACUUAGGUACUUUCCCAGAGUACCAACCCUAUGUCGAAGGAGAUGAGAUAAUUCUCCAUUAACUUUGAACUGUGCAAUUUGUUGAAAUGUUCAAAAUAUUUAGCCUGAAUUGCUAUGCCGUUUUACGAUGCGUCUAUUCAACUAAAUAUGUAAUAUGUCGAUGUUUAAAAGGGUAUAAGUAAUUUCUCUGCUUAAUAUUUUACAGUUUCGUAGGUGUCAUAACGUUUCUUACACUUCAGGGACAUUGUCUUUAUACAUUUACGAAGUGUUUAAUUGAAACGUGAUUACGAAAAAGUAAGAAUAUUUUAAACAUAUAAAUACUUCUGUUAUUCGUCAUUUUUUAUUUAAAACGAGUCGAAUGGAGGUUGUUUUAUGGGAACGAUACUGGAAAUAUUGAGCGAGAAAAAAAUUCGUACCUUUUAAACGAGUAACGUAAGAAAGGAAGGAAUGCUGUACACUAUCGUUCAGCUUUGUGCAUAAAUGCUACACUGAUCACUUUUAUAUAUACCUUAAGAGAAAAAGAGGAAAAUCAUUCUGAUUAAUUACAAUACUUGGAGAAGUAUGAAGUUUCUGGGAAAAGGAAAAUACAUUAUUCAUCAAAUUUUAUACAUCAGCAUUCCAUCUUCGAUUUUAUAUACACUUAUAAUAGAAGUACGCAUCGCGUUAAAAUCAACUGAUUCUUCCUCCUAAGUUAAUAUAAGAAGAGUGAUGGAUAUCUGAGUUGUUCAAAAAGUGAUAUUAUCUAAACUUCUAAAGAAAUUAUUUACAUUUUAUUAACAGUAACAUAAUAUUUAUAACCAUAGAAUUUAAUGUUUUUCAUAUUUCAAUUGUACCAUUAUGUACAUUUUAGGCAGUGACAAUACUUUUUAUUUUUAUUAUUAUGUUUUUACAUCGUUCAUCACUCUUCUGUAGAAGUUAACUGCAGACUACGCAUCGUUAUUUCGGAUUUCAUAACUUCAAUCAUUAAUCGUUAAACAAUGAAUUUAUGCUUCAUUUACACAAUAUGCUCUGAAUCUGUGUGUCACCUUUGACUUUUUACAUACAUUAUACGUACAGUAUUUACAUGGAACAUUUAGCAGCCAGUAUACAGUUUACAGCAUCCUUAGCACGUUGUAUAUGACUAUGUAUCACUACUAAACGUUACGAUUUCUGAAAUAGAUAAUCUCAUAGUAGCAUGUAGGUUUGUUGUUAACUAGGAUGUCUUACAGUUCAUGACUGUCUUGAAACAUAGAUAAAAGAAGAACAGGGAGAGCCAUGAUUUUCAGAAGCGACUUUUCAAACUCGGAACUGUGAUAUUUUGUCAUUUAUUCUCGUGUGACAUUUCUGCUUAUAUAUUUUCAUUUUGAAUCAAAGUUUUAACUUUGAUUCUUGCGUGAAACUAAUAGAAACGAGGAGUUAUAACUGACGUUGUUAGUGUACUGGAUCGGAAUUGCGCAUUUAUGUUAACGUAAGUUAAUCGAGAGUAUAAGCACGAGAUUUUUAAUCAAUUUUCCAAGUGGGAUAUAGAGCCGCGUACGCGUUUAUCAUGGUGCUCCCUUCAAAUAUUAUAGACGAAUUAUUAUAGAAAAUAAGCACUCAUGCUGGAUACUAUUAGUAUGUGUUUCUCAUCGAAUCUGUCACAUGUUUGCUACAUGCAAGAGACGUAAACAUCUUACAUGUUAGUAUGUGGUUAUGGCUGCACGUUCUUUAGGUUUUAAGUGUACAGAUAUUACAUGACGCGAUAUUAAUGUAAGAUGUAAUUUUGCAAACAAGCGACAGAAUCUAUUGCAAAGUGCAUACGAGAUUAUAUUUACGGAAGAUAAAACAAUUAUUUUGUCUCUGUUAUAGCUUUUUUGCCAUUUACAUACUUGUAAAUACCCAUUAUUUACAUUUCAUACUUUAUUUAUUACUAUACAUUAUGCAUUAUUAUCGCUUUUUUUGAUGUCAGAGUAUUGCUCUUAUGUAAAAUAAAUUGUUUACACUGAUCAAGAGAUUGUUUUUGAUUGUAGUGUUGUUAUACAGAGAAAUUGAAGCAUAUAUAUAAUUGUUUGUAUAACGUUUACCCUUAUGUCUGACCAACCGUUUAACUUGGAAUUAACACAUGGUGCAUGUAAAUGCGUAGAAUUAAGAAUCUAUUACUUAUAUGUCAAAAUGAUAAGAUUGUAAUUAAGAAAUGAAUCUACCCGAAAAAAUUUCGACAUCCCUGUGGUAGUACGAACAAAUCACUCUUGAGUACACACUUUCCUCUGUGCACAUUAUGUGAUUUAAUGUGUCACACGGAAGCUGGUUUCAUCGAAAAAUUAUAAUUAACGAAUCAAUUUUUAGAAGUAAACUAUAUAUUUACCUCAGUUUUUUUAAACGAAUCAUUUUUCUCUAAUUGUAAUUUUUCUAUAAACCAUGCUACGGUGUACAAGGAAAAUAAAGUAAUUCGAAAUUAAGAGAAACAAUUUUUUUUGUAACAAAUAAGUUGGUUUGGUGAUACUUCACUAAUUUAAUAAAAAAAAAAUGAGAAACUUAUAACUGCGUAUCAUGUGCGUCAUAUUUUAUAUUUUCUAACUUUUUUCAUUAGAGAUCUUUUAGUUGUAUUUAUAACAUGUUAUUUGUUUUGGAAUAUAUUCUUUAUGAAAAAAAUAUAAGAGUAUCGUUAUAGUGAAUAAAUGUUCUUUAUUUGUAGCGUUAAUAUUACGAGGGUACAAAAAAUAAUGUUACGAAUUGCUUCUAAGUAUAUAUUAAUUAUUUCGUACAUUUCGCUAAC